CAUACUCAUCUCAUCUCCUCAUAUAUCCAUUUCUUAAUAUCUUCCUAUAAAUGUGCUGUGUUUUCUUCACUUUUGUGGAAGUUCGAUAAUGGCGGGCGGAGGAUUUGUGGAUGGACAUGGCGGAGCAAGGGCGGAGCAGUACGAGUAUAACAUCACUUGGUAUUUUGUUUUUGCUUGCAUCGUUGCUGCUCUCGGUGGUUCUUUAUUCGGCUAUGAUCUCGGUGUCUCCGGUGGAGUGACUUCUAUGGAUUAUUUCUUGAAGGAGUUCUUUCAUGAAGUUUAUCAAAGAAAACAAGAACGUCUCAAGGAAACCGAUUACUGCAAAUAUGACAAUCAGAUCCUUACCCUCUUUACGUCAUCUCUUUAUUUUGCGGCCCUUCUUUCUACGUUUGCAGCAUCCCAUGUUACCCGGAACAAAGGUAGAAGAGCCAGCAUUCUUUUCGGAGCAAUCAGCUUCUUUGUUGGUGCAAUUCUAAAUGCUUUCGCACAGAAUAUUGCCAUGCUUAUCAUAGGCCGAUGCUUCCUUGGUGUUGGCAUCGGAUUUGGAAACCAAGCAGUUCCUCUAUAUCUCUCAGAAAUGGCACCUGCAAAGAUCAGAGGUGCAGUAAAUCAAUUGUUCCAGCUAACAACUUGUUUGGGAAUAUUCAUAGCCAACUUUAUAAACAACGCAACUGAGAAAUAUAAAUGGGGAUGGAGAUUAUCACUCGGUUUAGCCACAGUUCCAGCAACGCUAAUGUUUGUUGGUGGACUAUUCUUACCCGAAACACCAAACAGUCUAGUGGAACAAGGAAGACUGGAAGAAGGAAGGAAAGUGUUGGAAAGAGUUAGAGGUACAACAAAAGUAGAGGCAGAGUUUCAGGAUCUUGUUGAAGCAAGCGAAACUGCUAAAGCGAUAAAACAUCCUUUUAGAAACCUGCUGCAGAGGAAGAAUCGUCCGCAGUUGGUUAUAGGAGCUUUGGGAAUACCUGCAUUUCAACAACUCACUGGGAUGAACUCUGUGUUGUUCUACGCGCCUGUGAUCUUUCAGAGUUUGGGAUUUGGUUCAGGUGCAGCACUUUGGUCUUCCACCAUCACUACUGGUGCUCUUGUUCUCGCUACAUUGAUAUCAAUGGCUUUUGUUGAUAAGUUUGGCAGAAGAUUCUUCUUCUUGGAAGCUGGUAUUGAAAUGAUCUGCUGCAUGAUAGCUGUGGCUGUAACGCUAGCCCUAAAAUUUGGGCAAGGUGAGGAGCUCCCAAAAGGAAUUGGCAUCUUUCUUGUAGUUGUGAUCAGCCUUUUCGUUCUAGGGUACGGGAGGUCGUGGGGUCCGCUAGGAUGGCUAGUCCCAAGUGAGAUAUUCCCAUUGGAAACAAGAUCAGCUGGGCAGAGUAUUGUGGUUUGUGUUAACAUGUUCUUUACAGCUUUGGUUGCACAAUGCUUUCUGGUAUCGCUCUGCCAUCUUAAAUACGGCAUCUUCUUGCUAUUUGGCGGUUUGAUUGUCGUGAUGACCAUAUUCAUCUUCUUUCUAUUGCCUGAAACAAAACAAGUUCCAAUUGAAGAGAUACAUCUGCUAUGGCAAAACCAUUGGUUUUGGAAAAGGUAUUGUGUACCUGAGGAUGAACCACAAGUAGAAAGGAAGUUAGAACAACAGGUCUAGAAUUCCAUUGAUGUUAGGUGUUUGUUUUUCUUGCAUGCUCAUUGUGAACAAGUAGUGAAAAUUUCACCAAAAAUGUGCAUAAAUUAUGAAUAUUAUAUUUGUGAAUGAAUCUUUUGAGAUGAGUUUUUUUGGACAAGAAAAUGGUAUAUGCUUCUUGCACACCUUUUUUACUA